AAGGGUAGGGUUGGGAAUGAGCAUGCGAGAGAAAGAGAGAGAGAGAGAGAGAGAGAGAGAGAGAGACGGAGAGAGCUUGCCAAAAGAGGCGGGAAGGAAAUCUCUCUCCGUCUAUCCUUCCGUCAGAGUCUUCAUUCGUCCGACAGCCGACGCCGAAGUGCCUGAUUGCGCCGAUUUAGCGCUCCAGAUUACUCGCUUUAUUACAUUAUUCUUCUGCUUCAGGAUCUUCCAAAAGAAAACUUUACAAUCCAAGUAGAAAGGGAGGUGAGGAGAGGGACGGUGAGGACAUCUCUGUUUCUAUCUUCUUUCUUUUUAAACGUGUGUGCGAACUUUAGCCUCGUCACUGUUCUGGGUUUGAGGGACGAGCCUCGCGGGGUGGGAGGGGGAGGGCAGGGCAGGGACCGGGGUCGCUCUCAUCAUGACUCCUUCAGCCUCUUCGCUUCUUCCCUCUUUUUUUGCGGAAAUGUGAACACACAAAUUUCCCGAAAUGGAUUCGUUCCACAUCAAACGAGGAUGAUGAUGAUGACGAAGAGGAAACCCAGAGCGAGGAGACACUCUGACAGAACUUAACACUUCUACCUCUGCAAGUGAUUAUUGAUUUAUUUCUUUAUUUUGUGAAGCAACCAAACCAAAGCUCCCGCAGUCCCCUUAACCCUUGAGGGGCUCCGGACCUCCAGCGGGCACUUUACCCUGCAUCAGGACCAGCAGUGAAGGAGAGCAGAACUUCAGUCAGAACCUCAUCAGAAUCUCAAUCCAUCCCCCCUCCCACAGCUGAGGGGGGGGAAAGAUGGCAGCGCUCGCCAGCUCUCUGAUCAGACAAAAACGGGCGGUGAAGGACGACCAGGCCAACCGACCAAUCGCCAACAAGCGCAGGCCGUGUCCCAAGAGCAACAAGUCGCUGUGCCAGAAACAGAUCCUCGUCCUCAUCUCUAAAGUACGACUAUGUGGAGGACGACGAGGGAGGACCGACAUAAGACCAGAGCCUCAGCUAAAAGGGAUCGUCACACGCCUGUACAGUCAGCAUGGCUUUUACCUCCAGAUGCAACCAGAUGGAACCAUGGACGGCACAAGGGACGAGAGCAGCUCCUUCUCUCAGUUCAACUUGAUUCCUGUGGGUCUGAGGAUUGUGGCCAUACAGGGCGCGAAGACGGGGCUGUACAUGGGCAUGAACAGCGAGGGCUACCUCUACACCUCUGAACACUUCAACUCAGAGUGUAAGUUUAAAGAGAGCGUGUUUGAGAACUACUAUGUGACGUACUCGUCCAUGCUGUACCGUCAGAGCCAGUCGGGUCGCUCGUGGUACAUCGGCAUCAACCGCGACGGCCAGGUCAUGAAGGGCAACCGGGUGAAGAAGACCAAAGGCGCCGCCCACUUUCUCCCCAAGGUCAUCGAAGUUGCCAUGUAUAAGGAACCUUCGUUGCACGAGCUGGAGUCGGAGCAGAGCCCGCCUCGGAAGACGGCCAAGACGUCAGACUCGCCGCAGAAUGAACGCAACGUGGCGCAAAGGUCGGACGCUUCCUUAUAACACAGGGAGAUCAGGGGGAGAGGGAGAUGCAACUCAGAGAACUCUGACACCUCCGGGAUUUCCCAUCAUGCACCACACCAGAAAGUUCUCAGAUACCGUGAGGUGUCACGAUGAGUCCUGAGAGAGGAGAACCCCACGUCUUCCUUCCUUCUGGUUCUGCAUGAGCUUCCUCAUUACACUUCAACACAUACAGUUCAUUUCCCAGCAUGCAACAGUCGUGAGGAACGAGAUGGCCGCCGUCAACAAUCAUGGUCCUGUGCCACUUAAGUGAUACAGCGGCCGGAUGUUUUGUUUAUUUUCACGUUUAUUGUUUAUUUUAACACAAUUACUGAACGUAAAGUGUGUGUUUGUGUGCGCGAGAGAGAGAAGCGUAAAGGCUUAGCUUCUCGUCAUUAGCAUUAGACUUAGCAUCCAUUAGCAUGAGGUAGGGGAGAAGCAGCCUCUCUGUGAUAUGCGACAUGAUUCUCUGUGCUCCCGAGUGACAUCAUCAUAAUCACAAUCCUCAAUACCAAAUAAGGAGUUCGCACUUUGCUGAAUUUAUACCAAGAACGAAUUACAGUUGAGACCAAACGCUUUUCCAUUUUUAAUUGAAUUACCACGUGACAGAAAUAUAAAACGGGUGACAGGUUCCGCAGACGACUUUUCUCGUUGAAGCUUAUUAACGGUUUGUCUUCACUGAAGAAAAGCUCAUCAUCAUAAACAAAAAAAUAGGACGUCCUGGUUAGCCAAGACAUCUAGCAAGCCAUAAGCUCCUGUGAUAACUUUAGCUAGCACCAAACGCACCUUCUUUGAUGUGUCGAACGUUGAUUUUUUUCCCUCAGUGUAAAACAUCAGGAUAUAUUCAGCUAGCCACCAGCACUAACAGCACUAAAGGCUAACAGGAUCGCUAGUCAACUCGUCGUUUUGUAUUUUUAAUCCCAUACUCUCUCCAUCACCAGCGGAAUAUGAAUGCGGAAUGAAAAGACCGGGAAAACGGUGGGAUGAAAGGGUGAAGGGGUGCGGGAGGGGGACCUGAGGAGGUAAUACCCACGCUAGCGCUGUUUCAGUGAAGAGACAGGGGUUCUUUCCAAAUUUAGAGCGUCGCAAUUCGUUUUUUCAAACGUUUUCUUUAUGGUUUUAAUCAGAGCCGAAUACGGCGACGUUAUUCCGCCGCGCUAACUCCAUGAUCCCAUUCUUUCCGCGGAUUUCAGUCGUGAUUGCUUAUAUUGUUCACGACGCAUCAUGGGAACGACGGACCGAAGUCCGUCAGAAACGAUUAGCGCUUAGCAGGGUUUAUUGACAUGCUGCUGUUUUGCUAGUGUGUGCGUGUGUGUGUCACACCUGCUAAUCCUCUCACAGCGUUUAACACACACACACACACACACACACACACACACACACACACACACAGAAGGUUGUCCUUCACCCGAGCUAAAUGCUGCUGUGUGUGAUGAAAAAAACAGAACAGUGUCUGAGAUGUUGGAGGCAGGAGAUGUGAAGAGAGGAACGUGUGGUGAACAUCUCAGAAUAAUCCUGCAGCUUAACGUUCUUUAAUGUUGAUACAGGAAGCUAUUGUCCAUGUGUUACCUGAAGGUUUACUGUAUGAUGUCACAGAACGUUAAAGGAAGGUGCAAAGGGUUUUUGAAAGUCAUCAAAUGUUAUGGCAGGUCAGGAGACGUGUCUGCAGAUAGAGCGGAGAGGAUACGAGGUCAUGCCGAGGUCAAAGGUCCCACAAGUGUAGGGAGAUCAAAUGAGUCAGAAGGAACGUCAGAAGGAACGUCAGAAGGAACGUCAGAAGGAACGUCAGAAGGAACGUCAUAGAGAACGUCUCAGAAAGUUGAUGGAAGAGAUUCUGAAGGUGAAAAAAAGGGAGUUUCGGUAAGUUUGAGGUCACAAAGAGAGCUGGAGGGCUUGAAGGUCAUGCAAAGGUCAAAAGGUCAAUGAGAAAGUUAGUCCCAUGAGCGUGUGUGGAAAGAGGCGUGUGAAUGCCGGAGUGUUUCAGACUGAAGUGAAGACGUGAAGCUGCUCGGAGAGAGUGAGACAGACAGAAAGACAGGCUUUGUUUAUAGUGUGGAGAGUGAGACAGGUUUAGGUGUUACUGUACAGAGAGUGAGACAGUGUUAGGUGUUACUGUACAGAGAGUGAGACAGUGUUAGGUGUUACUGUACAGAGAGUGAGACAGGUUUAGGUGUUACUGUACAGAGAGUGAGACAGUGUUAGGUGUUACUGUACAGGGAGACAGUGUUAGGUGUUACUGUACAGAGAGUGAGACAGGUUUAGGUGUUACUGUACAGAGAGUGAGACAGGUUUAGGUGUUACUGUACAGAGAGUGAGACAGGUUUAGGUGUUACUGUACAGAGAGUGAGACAGGUUUAGGUGUUACUGUACAGAGAGUGAGACAGUGUUAGGUGUUACUGUACAGAGAGUGAGACAGGUUUAGGUGUUACUGUACAGAGAGUGAGACAGGUUUAGGUGUUACUGUACAGAGAGUGAGACAGGUUUAGGUGUUACUGUACAGAGAGUGAGACAGGUUUAGGUGUUACUGUACAGAGUGAGACGGGUUUAGGUGUUACUGUACAGAGAGUGAGACAGUGUUAGGUGUUACUGUACAGAGAGUGAGACAGUGUUAGGUGUUACUGUACAGAGAGUGAGACAGGUUUAGGUGUUACUGUACAGAGAGUGAGACAGGUUUAGGUGUUACUGUACAGAGAGAGA